UGACGGGGUGUUGCGCGGCCUCCGCCGAUUGGGCGCCGGCCCAGUCGAGGAGGGCCGUGUUCGCCUGCGUGCAGGGCUCCUGGCGUCUGCUCUGAUCGUCAGGAGUAACCACUCGUAACAUCAAGAAUGAAGUAACCCCUCAUCGGGCAACGACCGCAGCCCGACUGCAUCAAGCGUGUGUAACGGAGGUGGGGAUGAGAGGGGGAUGUGACUCGGAAGUGAUUCUGCCGGAAGUGGGGUUCCGUCUAAUCAGCUGAUGGUGAUGGUGAAGAGGUGGCUGUUAUUGUUCGAGGUUUGAGAAGAAGCCAACGGCCCCUAGACGUGGAUAAGACCGCCCUCCGCUGCCCCUCACCUUGCGAUAUCUUUCCCGCCGGGGGCACCGUGGCACCCGGGUCCUUCUCCCCGGGACGGAUCGGCAUCCGACCAUUUAUACCGGGGACCCAGCAGCUCCCGGGCUCCUGUACCCGGGACAGAGUGGAUCCCGGGUCCCUAUCCCCGGGGCACAGCGAAAGCCGGCUCCUCCUCCAGCAACGGGACAGCCGGGCCUGGAUUCACCCGCCCCCUCGCUUGCAGCCGGGCCAAUGCUCGAUCUGGAAGUGGUGCCCGAGCGGUCUCUGGGGAACGAACGAUGGGAAUUCGCUUUAGGAAUGCCAUUGGCUCAGGGUGUUGCUAUUCUCCAAAAGCAUUGUCGUAUCAUCAAAAACGUACAGGUUCUCUACAGCGAACAGUCGCCACUCAGCCACGACCUCAUCCUUAAUCUCACUCAGGACGGAAUCAAACUACUCUUCGAUGCUUAUAACCAGAGACUAAAGGUCAUUGAAGUUUAUGACUUGAGUAAAGUUAAAUUGAAAUACUGUGGUGUGCACUUCAACUCUCAGGCUAUAGCUCCAACCAUAGAGCAGAUUGACCAGUCAUUUGGAGCAACUCACCCUGGAGUGUACAAUGCAGCUGAACAACUUUUUCAUCUCAAUUUCCGCGGGCUUUCCUUUUCAUUUCAACUGGAUUCGUGGAAAGAAGCUCCAAAAUUUGAGCCCAAAUUUGCCCAUGGCCUGGCUUCCCUGCAGAUUCCCCAUGGUGCUACCGUGAAACGCAUGUACAUAUACACUGCAAACAGUCUACAGGAUACAAAAGCUCCCAUGAUGCCACUGAGUUGUUUCUAUGGUAACGUGUAUGCAGAAACUGUUGAAGUAUUAAGCAAUAUCAUGGGACCCCUGGGCCUCCGUCUGCGACUACUGACAGCAGGUUGUGCCCCUGGAGUAUUGGCAGAUACAAAGAUGCACACAUUUGAACGCUGUGUGUAUUUUGGGGAUUCUUGCCAGGAUGUGCUGAGUGCUUUGGGAUCGCCACACAAGGUUUUCUACAAGUCAGAGGACAAGAUGAAGAUCCACUCUCCUUCCCCUCACAAGCAGGUUCCCUCCAAGUGCAAUGACUACUUUUUCAACUACUUUACUCUGGGAGUGGAUGUCCUGUUUGAUGCCACCACACACCAAGUGAAGAAAUUUGUCCUUCACACUAACUACCCAGGUCAUUACAACUUCAAUAUAUACCAUCGCUGUGAUUUCAAGAUCCCACUUGCAGUUAAACAAGAUGGCGGUGCUGACGGCCAUGCACAAACGUGUACUGUAACCACAUACAGCAAGUGGGAUGCAAUUCAGGAAUUGCUUGGACACCCCAUGGAGAAGCCAGUGGUUCUUCACAGAUCCUCUUCAGCAAACAACACAAACCCUUUCGGCUCAACUUUCUGCUUUGGACUGCAGCGCAUGAUCUUUGAGGUCAUGCAGAACAACCACAUAGCGUCGGUAACACUUUAUGGUCCUCCCAGGCCCAGCAGCCAAUCUCGAACCACAGAACUAACCCAGUGAGCCUCUGUUUCAAAUGAGACUACCAGGACUCUACCGGUUUAGUACAGUGUGCCUUGAUUAGCUGCCACAGUUGUACAGAACAGCAUGAUCCAGUCAAGACUGCAUCCCUGGCCUUACCUGGAUUGAGGGGGAGGGGGUUUCUGGUUUGUCACUGGCCUCGUCACUGGUGAUUGUCCUUGGCGAUGAGGUGUGCAACUCUAUGCUUGCAUUAAGCCAGUUUCUGUCCUCAAGUGGACAGUGCAGACCAACUGGGUUCUGCCUUGUCAUGAGUCUUGUCGAAGUUGAGAAAGCAGGCAGUGGAGCUGCACAUACAAGAAGCACAAGUUGUACAAGCCUUGAAUGGGCAGUGUUUCAGGUUUCUGUUAAUAGGUGUUCCUGUAGUGUUGUGGAACUCCAUACACUCAUUUCUGUCCCAGCAGAGUAUGCAGAGGCAGAAGUUUGUCCAUGUGUUCAGGCGCAGCCUAUCUCUAGCUUAGACAGUAGCACGUUUUUAUAGAAAUGGUUAUAUCAUUUGCACUACAUACACUUUAAUUACUUGAUGUGUUUUAUCCACUGAGGAGUGUCAGGGUAUAGUGCCAGCUAAUUGGGUAAGACUGGGGCGUGGAGAGGAGUCCAGUCCAUGCACGCAGCCGGUCCCGCUACUCGGGAAUUUGGGGGGGAGGGGGGCGCGGGCAGCAGUGAUGAUUUAUUCAUUUCACCGCACUAUAUUGGGUUGAAAUGCAAUCUUCUGCCAUGUCUUGAAUUGCAUGUUGUUAAUUUGAUGCCAAAGACAUAUCUUCAAUGCGCUUACUUUCCUCAUCUCUGUGCUUUUUCCCCAUGAUGGGACUGCACACCCAAGCACGUCAUUGGCCAUUGACAGGUUUUAGUCAGCAGCAGAGAUUGGACACUGCACACAAGCAGUGUGGAGUCUCUGCUCUUCACAGUAUUCACAAGAGGUCUGUUCAUAGGAAGAUGUGAAGCUACUUGGACUGUUCCCUCAUCAAAAUAUUGAGAGCUUAGUGCUUUUCCUUUUUUAAUUAAAACUCUUUUAGCCAUCACUCAUUUUUACAUUGUACAUUGUAGCAACUUGUAAUUAAUAGACAAAUUUUGUGUUUACACUGUGUAUAAAUCUGUAAAUAAUGCAUUUUGUAAUUUUAACAAUGUACAGGGAGUGCCUGUAUAGUUUAAUGGUGAACAAUGAGAAGGAUGUAUUUUGAAUUGUGAUCAAUGUUUUGACUCUGGACCAGUAGCAGGGAUGUGUGAUGUGUGUUAUGGUGAUACUUUGCAUUCUGUCUUCCUGUAAACUGUGAGAUUGCAAACUGUUGUAUCCAACACACGUGGAUGUUGUUUAAAGACUAUGUUACCGUUUACUUUGAAACUGAAAGCUGUUCUCUUGUAGCUGUUGAUCCUUAACUAAACCUGCUUAGUUUAGUGUUUAUUCCUGUGCUCUAUGCUUACAUGGGAAUUAUUUCUGCCUCUUCAUUCAUUUUUCUUUCUGCACAAUCCUCUGACUUUUGUUUUAAAAAAAGAAAAGGAAAAAAAUGCACAUUUUAAGAGCAUGUAUUCUGCCUCGUGAAUAAAACUGACUCCAGUUCACUGUUUGAGAUAAUUGAAUUUGACUGCUUUUUUUUGGGAGUGUGAAGGCUGGGUGGAGAGGGGCUCAGUGAGGAAUAAUUACCCCAUUUUCUAGCAGAGCCUGCACAUGGGAUAUCACUUCUUGAGAUCUGGGCUUACUGUGCAAGAGUUUCUUUUCAUUGCCUGGAAAUAGCAGAAUAUUUGACUUCCUUUUAAAACCAAUUUGAGGGCUUGGGUGGGACUCAAAAUUUCAGCCAGGAUAGGAAUGAUGAUUGCGGAGAAGUUAAUGUGAGACGCAGUGUAGUGGUUAGUUUUGGUGUUUAGAGGCAAGUAGAUGGGAGACCAGCAUGGAGAAAGUUAGGGUAACUAGGUGCUAGAGAAAAGUGUAACUGUGUAUUUUUACAAUACUGGAGUGCGAUAAGGUUGGAGGUAAUCCUGGUGACUGGCACAUGGAAUUUAAUGCUCUCCCCUGGGAUAAGUAGGAUGACAAGAUUUUGUCUAACUUAUCACAACCUGAGUGAAAGCUGAAAGUGGGAUUGGCAUUUCACAGUUGCUGGAAAAACAAUGGCACAAAUCUAAUUGGGCAAAAUUUUAAAUAAUUCAUUUCCUUUUGCAGUAAGAUUGCCUGACUAGUUAUGAGUUAACAAUACUGGUGUAGAACAGAGUGCUAUUUCUAUGGUGUACACCCGUAAGGAAGCUAGCAUCCUGUCUUUAAAUGGUCAGUAAGAUCCAGUAAUAGGUGAAAAGGGAAUGGUCAAAACUAAGUUCUUGAAUUUGAAGUGAAAGUGCAGAGGUGAACAUAAUUAAAAUAUGCCAACUAUGCUAACAAAGAUGUGGAAUCAUGAAAGAAUGACCCCCAUUGCAUCUAUACUGAGCAAGAGGAGAAUAUUUAUUUGUGCUGACUGUGCUAAACGUGGUUAAAGAGAGAUACAUAAUUGUAUUUGUAGUCGAGUAUUUUUGGGUAGGAUGGUCCCACUAGUGAAAGCUGAGUCAAGCUAGUGAAAAGUGUGACAGAAAACUUGCUCGUGGUUGACUGAGUCUGUCUUAAUGGUAGGAGGAAAAGUAGGCUCAAAUGCAUGUGGACGUUGAGGGAGUCAAUGGAGCUGGCAAAGGAAUCAUAAAUGUAAAGUAUAUAUAGACAGGGCCAGUGACUCAAUAUAAAGAAAGCUUGACUAUGGAACAGUGGCUAAAAUGCUUAGCAGUGAUAAUGCUUAGACAUGGAAAAGUGACGAUGCUAGACAUUAAAAUGAGUUAACUAUGCCAAUAUCGUGAGGAUGUCUCUGAAGCACAAAUUAAAUGUUUAGAGAUUCUCUUCUUUUAUAUAUUUCAUAAUCUACAAGCUCUACAUCCAUUUGCAACCUACCUUUCUUCCUUCGUCAAACCAGACUAAAGUCAAUCUUGAUCAAGUUCAUGAUCUCCUCUUGCUUCUCCCUUGGCAUUAGCCAACAUGUAACAAGCCUGGAGCGAGAGGGGAUAGAAUUCUACAUGUGGUCUAAGAAAAUGAAGCUGGGCAAGUAGAUAAAUUUGCAGUACAUGACCACUUUGAAGAUGGUGAAAAUAAUUAGAUCUAGCAUUGUUAUGGAAAGAAAUAAAGAACAAGAAUAAAAGUUCUAAAUUGUGGGUGGGUGAGGAUUUUGAAGCUGAGGGUGAUCUGGCAAAUAUAGACUUGAUACAGCUACUUGAAGGAAAAUUGUUGACAAACCAGUGGGAAGCAAUCAAAAGCCAGGUUCUGUGAUCACACUGUAGACUUGUACCCACAGAAAAGACUGGCACUGCCAAAUUUCGAGCCUCAUGAUUAUCCAGAAGCAUACAGGAUGAGGUAAACAAAGAGGGGAAGAAAAAUGCUGUUCAAAGUAUGGGGUGAGUGACAUUUAAGGGAGAUUUGGAAUACAAGGAAAUGAUAUGCCCAUAUUGGCAGGUACAUUCAUGGGGAGCCCCAAGAUGCUGCCUCAGUACACGAAGAGCAGGAGGAUAACUAAGUAGGGCCCAUCACUGAUUUACAAUAUGAGUUAGCUGUGCAAGAUGUGGACUGGGUUCUUGAUUAUGUUGUUUCUAGCCUCAUAAAGAGGGAUGAUGCAUACUUUCUUGUGAAAGGACAGUGUGAAAUAAUAGGUACAAUCAGCAUACUGUGAAGGAAAAGUACGGGCGGCACUGAUAUCCAUGAAGCUGGAUAAAUCAUUAGGGCUGGAUACACAGAAAGGAGGAAAUAAUGGUGUUCUUAACAUCCUUUUUUCAAAUCUCACUAUAUGGAGAUGAGGUACUAGAAGAUUAGAGGUCUAUGAAUGUUGUACAAUUGUUUAAAAAUGGUGCAAGGAAUAGGCCAUGUAAAUGUACAUAACAAUCACCUGUUAGAUGCAGGAAUCGCUAUUUGACUCCUUAAAUAAUGGAGUAGGUUUAAGAUUCAGGCUGAUCUGAUUAUAACUUCCACUGCAUGUCCUCUCCUCCACCUUUAUUCCCCUUGAUCACCAAGAAUCUAUCAGGCUCUGCCUUAAAGAUGUUCAAAGACUUUACUUUCUUUGCCUUUCGAGGACAAAAUUUCCAAAGGUAUUCAUUCAAGCCUUAAGAAAAAAUACUUAUUCUCUGUCUUAAAUGAGCACCCUCUUUAUAUUAAGACCUCUAAUUCUAGAUUAUCCAAACAGGAACCAAUUACAACAAAUAAUUAGAGACUGGCAAAUUAUUAUUAGAAUCAGUUCUGAGAUAUUGGGGAAACUGCCAUGUAGAAAGCUAUGAAUUAAUCAAGGACAUUGACCGUUUUACUCAGGGAAUGUAGGGUUUAACUAAGGUUUUAAUUUUUUUUUGAGGAAGUAAUGAGGAUUAAUGAGCAAAGUGCAGUGGAUGUUGUCCUAUGGAUUUUAGUAUGGCAUCUGAGAAGGAUCCACAUGGCACUCAGGUCAGAAAUGUGAAAAUCCAUAAGAUACAAAAGAAUGUGGCGAGUUGAGUCUAUAAUUAGCUAAUUGAAGAGAAACCGGUUUCUGGUGAAGAAUGAAAAUGACUUUCUAUUUGCAAAAUUAAUGGUGCUCCAAAAGACUGGCAAUCACAGCUGGUCAGGCAGCAUCUGUGGCAAGACUGCAAGGUAAUGAUUUAAGACUAGAUGACUCUUCAGAACUCUAAUGAAGCAUAAUCUAGAGUCGAAAUGUUAGCUUGCUGUCUCUUGGAUGCUGCCUGGACUGCUGUAAUUUCCAACGUAUUUUUGUUGUUUUCAGUACAGAUUCGCACAUCUGCAGUAAUUUGCUCCUAAUUUGAGCUCCAAAUGGUUCUGGGUUUUCACUUCUUGUAUGUAGUGAUUUGGACUUAAAUGUGGGAAGCCUGAUUGGGAACUCAGCAGAUGACUGAAAAAUUGGCUGUGUAAUUGAUUGUGACGGUCCAUAGUCAUGGAAACAGACCUUUCGGUCCAACCAGUCUAUAAUGACUAUUUAUCCCAAACCUCAGCUGGGCCCACCUGCCUGCUUCUGGCCCAUGUCCCUCCAAACAUUUCUUAUUUGUGUACGUAUCCAUUGUAACUGUACCCGCAUCAAUGACUUCCUCUGGAGGUUCAUUCAAUACACCAACCACUCUAAAAAGACAUGCUGAGCAAUUAUCUUUGACAAAGUCUUUCUCCUGUCAUCUUUAAAACUAUUCCCCUUAGUCUUGAAAUCCCCCACCUAGGGAAAAGACACAUGCAGUUCACCUUAUCUGUACUCCUCAUGAUAUUAUAAACCUCUAAGUUCACACCUCAACCACCUAUGCUCCAAUGACUCAUAAUAAUUUUCCUUGUAACUCAAAUCUUUCAUUCCCAGCAACAUCUGGAAAAUCUUUUCUGAGCCCUCUUUAGCUUAACAAUAUCCUUACUAAAACAGGGUGACCAGAACCGGACAGUCUCCAGAAGAGGCCUCAUCAACAUCCUGUACAACCUCAACAUAACAUUCCAAUGCUUAUUUAAAGGUCAGAGCAAUGAAGGCAAGUGUGCUAAAUAAAUAAAUAAACUAAGAAAAUAACUGUCAACUCCAGAAUGAUAUCAAUGGUUUGGAUGAGUAGGCAAAAACAUAGCAAAUAGAAUUCAAUCUGCAGAAGUGCAAGGUAAUACAUUUGGGACAAACAAUGGUGGUGGUGUCUCUGAAAUUUACUGCCUGGUUUGAUGGUAGAGGCCUUCAGCCUGUUUAGAAGGAACUUGGAUCUGUACCUGUAGUACUGUAACCUGUAUGGCUAUGGGUCAGGUGCUGGAAAUUGGGAUCAGAAUAGGCUAGUUUUUUUUUCAGUCUCAGCCGGUACAGACCUGACUGUCUGUGCGAUCUUUCUAUGCUGUAACUUUUCUGUAAUUCUAUACUACAAGCUUUACAGCUUCUUGCAUCUGACUUUCACCGUUUCUGGCCAUUAACAUGUAACUCCUUCUCUGAUUUUACUAUGCAUUCAAGCGCAAGCUAAAUGGAAAAUGAUUGACACAAGCAGGCACUGUAAUAUGCACAGAUAUAGAAACCGUUUCGGGCUAUUCAUUGUGAUCUUGUUGUAUGAGAAUGGCAUGUCUGCAUUAAAAUGGUCACUCUUCAAAAUUGAUACUUUAUGAAUUGGGGCAUCAUAAUCAAUACAAAUCAUUCCUAACAAAAGAUAUUUAGCCUUUUUUGACUGUUCUUGAUGUUAGCAAACAAAAUAAUUUGAGUUACUUGUUGCCCUCCCAUAUUUUAAAAAUUGUGAAAUCCAAAAUUCCUCUGUUAAUGUUUUAUUAUGAACUAAUUGUUUGAGAUUCAGGCUGGCCCCUUAAGUUACUUCAGGCAUAUGUGUAACAUAAUUUAACCUGCUGACAACCUGAAACACAUUAGUUGCAUGUGGUAGAAGAUUUAAAGGAUACAUUGGUCCCAAAUCUGCCUCUGUUCACCAUCAGGCCAGGCAACAAGAUUUGCAACAAACAAAAAAAAUUAAUGGAGAGAAAGCAGAAUUAACAUUGAGUCCAGCAAAUCACUGCGCUCGAAACUUCAACUCUACUUUCUCUCCAUCAAUGCUGCCAGAGUUGCUGAGAUUCUCCAGCAGUUUCUGUUUUUGUUCAGAUUUUCAGCAUCCACUGUUCAUUUUAAGAUUUGCACCAAGUCCUUUCUUCCAGAGAGAUAACUUAACAAAUAAUAAUCAAAUUACAGGCACUUUCAUUUGUGCAAUUGGCAAUUAUAGGAUAAUUCAUGGCAGACUUUGAAUAGUUGGCCCAAUGUGUAAGGGCAGGCUAUCCUCCAUUUGUGCCAAAUGUGAUUGAGAUGGUUUCAAAACCUGUACUUACUGAGAUUGACCCUGACUGAAACAGAUCAGAUCCAAGUAUCUGGGGAUGAAGUUUAUUUAUUGGGUUUUCUGAUUAUGACAGAAGAUUUGAGAAAUUAGCAUAUGCUUUUGGUUACUAAAAUAACAGGCUAGUUAGGAGGAAUAAACAGGCUGCGAUUAGAAUUCACAGCCUGUGGUCAGAACAACUGUUCGAAAAGUUGUUUCUUUCCAGCAGGAAGAAACACAGAGGCUCUCCAUGAAGCAGUGUGUGUCCGCUAAUUGAAAGGACUGAAACAAUGGCUUAUGGCAGAGCUGACCAUACUGUUCUAAGACGGUGUUGAGUGCUCAGAUGAAGGGGACUUCAGGGAGCAAUACAGUCAGAACUGUUGAGGGAGAGAUUCCACCAACGUAUACCUUGGUGGUAAUUUUAUCUGUGGAUAGGAGAUGAAGUAAAGCAGUUGUUGGAAGCUGCUUCAGAAUCAGACCUUAUGUGAAGAGCAAUUGAGCUUUAGAGGAGAACUGGGAUAGACAGUAGGACUGCAAAUGGUGCCAUGUGGAUGCUAAGAGUGCUGCCUUUGUUGCAUUAGCUAUUUAAAUUGUAAUUUGUAAUUUAUAAUUUAUAAUAUAUAAUUUCCUUGAUAAAAAUGUUCACUUUUGACUUUGUUGUUGGAAUAAAAGCAUUUUAAAAAGUGA